AUGUCCUCCGAUAUCGACCACUGGCACCUUAAUGCGACCGUGUUUAAGGACCGAGUCGAGGAGAUACACUUUAUAUCAGACCCUGCGAGGAAUGUGCGGCGGCGUCAACAUAAGAAGAUAUGGGAGGUGGAGCGAUUCCUGGGUCGCGGAGGAUUUGGAGAGGUCAGGCUAGAGAAGAACAAAGAAGAUGGGAUGGCCCGAGCCGUGAAGCGGAUUGCGACAACGAGUAUGACGCUCAGCAAUAGCGAGUGCGAGAAAGAAUUGAAAGCGCUGCUGGAAUUCUCCAAGCCUAAGUAUGAAAGUUCGAGCUAUUAA